AUGAUUCUCACGAGUGACGGCUGUGUCUAUGGAUUGGGUGAUAAUACGUUCGGACAUAUAUACUGUUUGAGCUACUAUUCAUUUGCCAUCACAUCCAACGGACAGGUGUUUAGUUGGGGUCGAAAUGAUUGGUAUAAUUUGGGACACAACUCAUCGGAUAAAAUAUGGGAACCACAACUCAUUGCAGACAUGACUUGUAUUAAGACCAUCUGCCCCGGAGUUGUUUGUGAAGUAAAUAUUUAUAAGCGUUUGUAUGAAGAGUUGCGUUCAUUAGGUUCGGGAGCUUUUGGGAAAGAUUUCAAAGUUCUGUUGCUAAAUAUGACGACAAUUUACGGGAAUUUGUGUUCACAUAGUCUGAAGAAUAUUCUUCAACACAAACCACAAGUAUUUGGUCGACAACCGGGAGAACCCAUGAAUUCAAUCGAGUUUUACUUUUCGUGUCAUAUAUUCAAAGAGAUCUUUAAUUCAAUCGAGUUUUACAUUUCGUGUCAUAUAUUCAAAGAGAUCUUAGAAUGCGUUCAAUAUUUACAUGAAUUGAAUCCUCCGAUCAUUCAUAGAGACCUCAAACCCGACAAUAUAUUAGUGGCGAGGACUGUAAGAAAUGGCAGAUAUUUGAAAGUGGCUGACUUUGGGUUGGCUACUGUUCACCAGCACUCGUCAGAUAAGGGAGAUCUGAGAUAUCAGGCGCCAGAAGUGGGUCAGGGAGUGGUCUAUAACCAUAAAAUAGACGUCUUCAGUUUGGCUAUAAUUGCAGAAAAAGAUAUUUUUGGGAUUCAUUUGGAGGACAAACUGUAA